UGUCAUCAGUUUUACAAUCCUCAAACUCUGUCCUGAGAGAGCUGGAUCUGAGUAACAAUGACCUGCAGGAUUCUGGAGUGAAGCUGCUUUCUGAUGGACUGAAGAGUCCACACUGUCAGCUGCAGAUACUGAGGUAAAUGGUUUUUGAUCAAAAUAAAUAAAAAUGAGAAAACAGUUAGCGAAGGAUGCAGUGUAUUUGGAAAUUGGCACUUUUUUUCCUGAAAUUUUAUUAUUGUUUAAUGCUCAAUUUAUAUUUUCUCUAUGUUAUUGAAAGGGUAUGAAACCUUUGGCAAAAAUCUGAUUCCAUCAACAAAAAUAAUAAAAACAGUGACAAAGAGAAUGUUAUUAACCCUCUGGGGUCGACAAACGCGGAUACGCGUUUUGUGGCAGAUAAGAGCAAUACACCAUUUGAAUCUGUAAGGGGUCUACUUUUAUUUGUAUACACUCACUCAUAAUAACAACUAAACUUUGUGCUUUUGAAGAAUAAAGAAAACAAACAGCUCUCUGUCUUCUGCGUCUCUGCGAACUGCUUUUAGAAACGUGUCACUAAAAUGAACUGUAACUCAGCAAAUACUCAGCACACAGACAUGGGAGUUAUAUCUACAGAAAGCUUGAAGUGUUACUUCUAAAUGAAGUAAGUCUUAUCGAAAACAAACAUUCUGUGAUGAAGUAAUCCGUAUGAAACCAAUACGAUGUUCAGUCUUUCCCGUCUAACUCAUUAUCUCUAAUGCGAUCCCGCCCCCUCGUUGCUCGCGCAGUUCAUAUGUAAAUAUCCACGUGGGACGUGCACACGUGCAAACGCCCAACACAAACAAAGAGUGAGGAGAUCAUUCAUCGCGGCUACUGUUCGUUUCUGGAAGAAGACGCGCUAAGUAAAGGCAGGAUUUCCCUCAAAAGAAGAAUAAAAUUUCAUCCCGAAGAGGACAUCAGUCUGAUGAGACUGUGGCUGCAUCACCGGCUUCUUGCACAAGAAAGGCACGCAAGUGUCGUUCAGUUAUGAGUUCGCUGGAAAAUCACAAUCAGACUUUGAAUACACCACUCUCGCCUUCACCUGCAUCUCGCACAGGAAGGGGACACAGAAUCUGUUGCAGGAAUGACACACUACCAGUCCAAACCUUUUGAACAGUUGUCUGGCUGUAUGGUGACAGAGGAAGGCUGUGGUUAUGUGUCUUCAGCUCUGAGUUCAAACCCCUCACACCUGAGAGAGCUGGAUCUGAGCUACAAUAACCCAGGAGAUUCAGGAGUGAAGCUGCUCUCUGAAAAACUGGAGAAUCCAAACUGCUCACUGGACAAACUCAAUGUGGAUCAUGGAGGAGAAUCCAGGAUUACAGCAGGACUACAGAAAUAUUCCCAUCAGUUCACUCUGGAUCUGAACACAGUGAAUAAACGCCUCCGUCUUUCUGAGAGCAACACAUUGAUUACUUGUGACACACUUCAGCCGUAUCCUGAUCAUCCAGACAGAUUUAAUGUGUAUUAUCAGGUGUUGUGUAGAGAGAGUGUGUGUGGACGCUGUUACUGGGAGAUUGAGUGGAGUGGAGAUGAUGGUGUGUUUAUAUCAGUGUCAUAUAAGAGCAUCCGCAGGAAGGGACGGGGUGAUGAGUGUAUGUUUGGAUGUAAUGAUCAGUCCUGGAGUUUGUUCUGCUGUCCCUACAGAUACUCAUUCUGGCACAAUGACAUACAGACUGAUCUCCCUGUGAAGCCCAUCAGCAGUAGAACAGGAGUAUAUGAUGAUGAUGAUGAUGAUGAUGAUGAGGAUGAUGAUGAUGAUGAUGAUGAUUAUUACAUCAGCAGUAGAACAGAAGUGUAUGAUGAUGAUGAUGAUGAUGAUGAUGAUGAUUACAUCAGCGGUAGAACAGAAGCGUAUGAUGAUUAUAUCAGUAGAGUGUAUAAUGAUUGUAUCAGGAGAAUAGGAUUGUAUGAUGAUGAUGAUAUCAGAAGAACAGGAGUGUAUGCGGAUCACAGUGCAGGAACUCUCUCCUUCUACAGCAUCUCUGACACAAUGAGACUCAUCCACACAGAACAGACCACAUUCACUCAGCCGCUCUAUCCUGGGAUUAGUGUUUAUUAUCCUGGAUCAUCAGUGAAACUGUGUUGAUGAAUCAGAAUAGAUUAACGAGAGAUUCUACCCAUAAUGCUUUGAGCUGCAUGAUGAAUCAGUGACAGCGAGAUGUCACAGAGUCUCUUCUUUUCUCUUCAUGACAUUAAUAUGAACAUGAAUCAGAAUAAAUGUGUGUAAAGAAUCCUCACAUAGACAGUCAGAUCAGUGAGUGAUGAUCUGUUUAUGUGCUUUUCUCAAACUCUGUGCUGAUUAAAAUCAGUCUUGUAUUAUUACUAUCAAAAUCAGGCUUAUAUCUUGUCAUUCAUGUGAUUUUUCUCUAUUGUUUGUAAUAAAACACAA